UAAACAAACGUCGGUUUCAUCGUUUUCGAGUGUGUUUUAUCUGUUAUUAUCAGAUAACGUCAUCACUUCAAUAGGAAAAGUCGUAAAACGCGAAAUCGAUUGCACGUAGUUCUAGAGAUCCAUCAGAAAGAAAUUUACGCUCUCAUUUUGAUAGAGAUGGCCGACGCGACAGUGAAGAAAUAUCCAAAACCUCAGUUGAAAGGAUUGCUGAGGAAACAAAUAGGCAGAAAUAUGAUUGGUAUGGUGAUUUUCACUGCUGUAUCAGUAAUGGCCAUGAAAAUUUUUUAUAACGAUGAAAAUAAACGUGCUUAUGCUGAAUUUCAUAGAAAUUACGAUAUUGAUAAGGAAUUCGAGAAAAUGAGAAAGAAAGGCUUAUUCGACUCCUGCAGUGCGGAUGAUGAUGAUUGAAGUAGAUAGAUAUAAGACAAAUGUAAUAUUGAGGUAAUGUUACCUGUUAGAAAUAAAUAUACAGAGUAAUUGAA